AUGGCCAUAGAUCAGCUGUGUUUAGGUCUACACCUCGGCUGCAUGAAGAAGAAAUUUGUAAUGCCAUUAUUAUUCCUAUGUGCAUCUUUGGCUCACCACAUAGAUGGCCUUCCGCAAGUUGGCCACAACUGGUCCCAUUCGCCUCCCAACGCUUACAACAACCGUUGGCAGCAAAAUAUCCAGACUACGCAAACGAACUGGCAGUCAAAUGGGGGCUGGAAUUGGCUAUUAGCAAAUAAUACUGGUUCCCAAAUUAGGGACCGAAAUAACUACAACGCAAACAGUUUGCCACGGGGGAAUGGCACACGCCAAUUACUGGGCACUAAUUAUCAGCGACAAGGAGAACGACUCUGGUUAAAUAAUAACCAAUCACAUCCUUAUAUCCAAGUGCCUGGUUUUGGUAAUCGUUCAAGUCCCGCAGCUGCUAAACAAUCGAAUAGCAGCGUUUCUUUGGGAACAAGCGGUACAGCUGGUUGGAGAGCUCCCUAUCAAGAGCUGGUUAAUAAUAAUCGCAGCAGCAACCAAAAAUACGACAAUUGGGCCCCUUUUCACCGAAACUUAGCUCAAAAUAUUUCAACCACUCGACAACCGAUAAGAAGCAGUAACCAUCAAGGCGGUCCAGCAACAGCUGGUACUUGGGAUAUUGGACGGUCCAAAUAUAAUUCGACAUCCGGUGGACAAAUUUUCGGCGUCGGUUGGCAUGUGCCCGGCAGCCCACUAUCGCCCAGCUCAGGUUUUAUUGCGCCGACGGACCCGCAUAUUAGCGCAAAUUGGAAAAGUGGUGCAGGCAAUAACUCGUAUCCCUUUGGGAAUUCACGUGCUCCCAGUAAUACCCAGCUGAUUGGAAAUAAUGGCAAUGCCCAAAAUGCAACUUUUGGCAAAGGUGGUACAGGUCCCAUUAACUCUGGUUACCCUGGCGCUGUCGCCUUAGGCGAUGGACACAAUAGCCAAUCCCCCCAUAGCGGUUUUAUUGGUAGUUCGAGUUACGGAACACCACUCGCACCUUUGGCUGAUGGUGCUUCUUGGAACUCUAAUGCAUUACUAGCUAACGUAAGCUAUCCGAAUGGUCACCGGCAACCCCCGUUAAGUCCUUAUGCUAAUCUGUUUAUUUGAGCAUCUGAUGAAUUUUCCCCAAAAUUAUUAGUUAUUUGUAAAUGCAUUUAAGGCUUAGAUAGCAUUGUUUCAAUGGAGUGAUAUG